UCUGACUUCCAAGCACCAUCUCGGCUUACUCCUCGUGUUUUCAGCUAGCUCCAUAAUUUAGGAGAGAUUGGCGAAGGCUGGUUCCCUUCCGAUCCUUUCAACGCGACAACCUCAGCCUACCCAUUCUAUAAACCCGAACCAUCAAUACCGCCCAUUCGUGAAGAGGGAAAAGCAAGGAGACAUAUGUUUGUAUCGCCGGACGGUGGUUAGCACUACCCAAACAAUUGCUGACAUAGGUACCUUGCAGUUAGGUCGUUUUCUUCCUCGAGACACCGCCUUUCCAUCAUCCUUUGGUGAUUCCAUCUUCACAAUCGAUCGAUAGAAUAUACUCGAUACCCCUCACUCGAGCACGCAUCUAGCUCGUGACAAACAACUAAAAUGCCGUCGAGGCAGUCCACUGUUCCCAAUUUAGAUCUUAGCCCUUCCACCCUGCAGGGAAAUGCGAAGAUCUCGUCUCCACUGACGCCCGGCGCCCAAAGCUCCGACGGACCGAGUCCCCUGACACCCCAUUCUCCCAAGUCUUCAUCGAGUUCGCCAUUUUUCAAGGGGGCAACAAUAAGACCUGUAACACAAGAGUCCAAUAACCACAACAACCACAGCAGCCCUACGUCUACCGGUCCUGCUACUGCGGAACCCGCUACCCCAGGCCUUACAGCCAUUCCUCAGUAUCCUCCCUCUCCGAGGGAUUCUCCCAAGCACUCCCGGGACCCAUCCCGCUCCUUCUUCGCCAAUCUCAAGGCGCCCAAGGUGUCGCAUAGGGCUCAGAGGUCAGACGGUUCUGGUGAUUCAGGGAGUAACCCAAAGAGCCGUGGCAGUUCUAGGGAUCGCAAAACACACAUCUCAACAAAGCAAUACGAAUCGACGCCUGACCUGCCGGGCACCCUUGAGCGCGCAGCCCAACAAGAACGUGGCAAUCACCCAGAGGAGAAGAUAUCACAGCCGACAGACGCGAAAAAAAUACUUGCGGAAGCGGAAGCGGCCAGUGCAGCUCGGAAGAAUAAGCCGCGCUUUGCAAAUCUACUCUCUCGUUCCCGUUCGAUCAGGCUAGACGAGUCUUCUAUGAACAGGAUAGCGAACAGACGACCGUCCACUAGUCUCAUGAGGUUGGAGGAGUGCAGCAAGCGGGAGGCUCACGAGCCCCCCAAAGCAUCGCGUCAUGAUCGUGGGAUAAGGACUGCCGGCAACCCCACAGCACGCAGUUACACCUCCGACCGACCUGCGGAAUAUCAUAACGGCUCUGUACGCAGUAAUAAAAAUUAUGGCGCAUCCAUAGUUCCGUCUGCGUCGCUGAGUCAGGUUUCCGGCGCAUCGGCUACACUCUUCAAUAAUUUGAAGCAGUCCUCCAGUGGUGCAGCAGACCGCAUUGGCAAAGCUGGGAAAGGAUUCUUCGGGAAAAUUACUCGCAGCGGCAGCACCAAUGAGCGCGAGUUGUUCAAUGACGACAACUACGUCUGUACCGUGAUCAACUUGCCUUUAAUACAGCAAGCGCGUCGGACCCGGAUAGCGAAAAGGCUCGAAGAUUGUCGGGAUAAGACAGAAUUUUGGAUGCCUGCUUUGCCCUAUCGCUGCAUUGAGUGAGUUUGAAAGUGUUCAUUGAUGAUCCUAGCUGCUAACGUGACUUCAGUUACCUCAAUUUUAAGGGCUGCGAGGAAGAAGGGCUAUAUCGU